CACUGGCAUUGCCAAUGCUAAAAAGGCCUUUUGGCCACUAGAAGGCUCUAUCAUUCUCUAUGGUGAUGACGCGUUCAUUGGUCACGACCUUGGAUAUCUACUGCAAGCAUGGCAAAUAAAGAGCCCAACCGGUUCCUGACAAACCUGAGGGACCUGGCCAGUCGUAUGUCUGGCGCGGGGGGCAAGGGAGCAGGAAUAGGCCUCAAGCUGCUCAUUGGGGCUGGAGCUCUGGCCUAUGGGGUCAAAGAAGCUACAUUCACAGUGGAUGGAGGUCAGAGAGCAAUCAUCUUCAACAGAAUCGGGGGCAUGCAGAUGGACACAGUGCUGGCUGAAGGACUGCACUUCAGGAUACCAUGGAUCCAGUACCCCAUAAUCUAUGACAUCAGAGCCAGGCCCAGAAAGAUUGCUUCACUAACUGGAAGCAAAGAUCUGCAGAUGAUUAACAUUGGACUGCGUGUGCUGUCCCGUCCUGUGGCCGCCAACCUGCCUGCCAUGUACCAGCAGCUGGGGAAGGACUAUGACGAGAGAGUACUACCCUCCAUCGUCAACGAGGUGCUGAAGAGCGUGGUGGCCAAGUUCAAUGCCUCGCAGCUCAUCACUCAGAGAGCACAGGUGUCAUUGUUGAUUCGCCGAGAGCUGUUUGAGAGAGCCAAAGACUUCAACAUUAUCCUGGAUGACGUAGCCAUCACAGAGCUGAGCUUCAGCAGAGAGUACACAGCUGCCGUAGAGGCCAAACAAGUUGCCCAGCAGGAGGCACAGAGAGCCCAGUUCUAUGUGGAGAAAGCCAAACAAGACCAGAGACAUAAGAUUAUCCAGGCGGAGGGAGAGGCAGAGGCUGCCAAGAUGUUGGGACAAGCAGUGACUAAGAAUCCUGGAUACCUGAAGCUUCGACGAAUUAGAGCAGCCCAGGCCAUUGCUAAGACGGUGGCAACGUCCCAGAACAAAGUGUACCUUUCCGCAGACAACCUGGUCCUUAACCUUCAGGAUGACUCUUUUAACAAUCUAUCACUGGGAAAGAAGUAGGCUCUAGCAUUCCACCUGUCUGAGGCUCCAUCCACAGCUAAGACCAGUUUGUCUCUGUCUGUCCAACUGCCUAUAUCUCUGAUUGUAUAACCAAGUGGCUUACCAACUCACUGAAGAAGACUCUAAAGCAUCGGAUUGCUCUGUAAAGUUGACCUAUGGGGCUCGUGCUGUAUGCAUGACAUGGCUAGGGCCAGGCGGAACCUGCAGUGAUAUAAUAUCUUCAUGGUCAACUCCAGAAACGAUCUGAAAACAAUGUUUGUGGAUUCAAACCAAAUAGCACUAGCCUAUAAGACAUAAUCAGCUGCUUUGUUAUUAAUAAGUUGUGCAGAUGAUGCUGUAAUGAUAUAGAUAAGGAACUCCACUUAUUAUGUCUGGCCCUAGAUGUGUACAUGGGUUUUGAGGACAGCAAGGACUCUUGGGGAAUCAAAUUUAUCAGUUUGAUUGGAAAAAUGCUGUACUGGAAUGGUGUAUUCAAAAAAUAAAUAAUUUUUGAAGAUGUGCUUGUAAAAUGAAGGUGAAAUGAUUACUUAGUCUUGUUUUUUUCAUGCAAAUGCACUGUUUACGGCUUACUACUAGUUUGAAGUGGAAAGGAAGGCAGCAGAUUGAGACAUGACUGAAAAUAAAGGGCAGCACAAAUGUCUUGAUUUUAUUUCAUAAUGCCUUUUCACAUGACCUAAUGUGUGUGUGUGUAUGCAGGUACAUUUGUUGUUGAAAAACACAUUAGGCCUAUAUAAGGAAAGUACUCUUACAAAAUGUCUUUUUCUCUCUCAAGUUUCUGAGAAAUGAAAUGUUUCCAUGACUUAAUCAGACAUCUUAGACAACAGUACAGCCUGUUAUUGUACUAGGGAUCUUUAGCUACAUUUACAAUGACAUUAAAGUCUCUACAUGACUGCU